AUAGAAAUACAUGUUAACCCGUCAGGUUCAGUCACUUAAUUCCAGCCGCCUCACCUUUAACUCUAGCUCUCCUUUUACUCCAACGACGGCGACGGCGACGGCGACAGGCAGCGGCAGCGGCAGCCGGCGGCCAAAUUUCCGUCCCUUCAACCUCUCCGGCUUCCUUCCGCCGGAAUCCUUACCGGAGGCAGCUUGUAUGAAUUGAGCAAAACUGGUCAAAUACCCCUUUAAAAUUCUGAACUAAAACCCUCCCUUAACCCAUUCCGAUCAUCCUUCCCCGCCCAAUGCUACGCUUCUACCACUCCCCCACUCUCUCCCGAGUCCUCCGGCGGUUCUCCUCCGCCGCCACCGCCCCCGUCCUUGAUUCCUAUUCCGAACCUCCACUUUCGUACUUGGAGGGUUUCCCAAAGCCAGAUCCCAAAUACGCCGAGACAAUCCUCGCCAUUCCUCGCUCCAUCUCCGGCAAGAACAUUUCUGCUAAAGAGCGCAAGGUUGGCCGUACUCCAAGUAUCGUAUUCGAGCAAGAGGACGGCCAGCAUGGCGGUAAUAAGCGUCUCAUAUCUGUACGAACUAAUCAGAUUAGGAAGCUUGUUAAUCAUCUCGGUCGCUCCUUCUUCCUCUCCAGGCUUUUCGAUCUUGAGGUUCGGUCCGAGUUCGAGUCCGGGGAUAUUGUCGAGAAGGUUCGGGUUUUACCUCGGAAGAUUCAUCUUCAUUCGGGAACAGAUGCACCACUUAACGUUACUUUCAUAAGGGCACCUUCACAUGCUUUAUUAAAAGUUGAUGUACCACUUGUGUUCAGAGGGGAAGAUGUAUGUCCUGGAUUGCGGAAAGGAUCUUAUUUGAAUACAAUUAAGAGGACUGUUAAAUACCUUUGCCCUGCCGAUAUUGUUCCUCCAUACAUCGAUGUCGAUCUGAGUGAGUUGGAUGUUGGCCAAAAGUUGGUUAUGGGUGACCUCAAAGUUCAUCCUGCGUUAAAGCUUCUUCAGUCAAAGGACGAGCCUGUUUGUAAGAUUGCGGGAGCCAGAGCAUCUGAUCAACAAAAGAAAUCGAAAUAGGUCCACUGAAAUACCAAUCUCUUAGUGGACUCGGCAUGAAAGCAUCUUUCGUUAAGGACGGCGAGCCUGUUUGUAAGAUUAUGGGAGCCUGGAUUUUCUGACCAGCCAAAGAAAUCUAAAUAAAACCCUCCAGAUUUUGAUAGCCUUUAAUUUACAAUUUUUCUCCCAAUAUUUUAGCAGUUGCUUGGAAAGCACAUUGUUUUUUGAUGGUUCAUUAGCCUUUAUUUGAUCUCUCUCUGUUCAUGGAAUGCUUGAACUCUGCUGAGUACCAAAAUAUUCUCUCAUUUUUUAAAGGGAGUGUUCAGUUUAUAAUUGGAAGAAGCAUAUGUGAGCA